CCACCACCCCCAACUCAACACAAGCCAGUUCCAUAGACUCUCCCGUCUGAUUCUUCAUCUCCCCUCGAUCCCUCCUCGCUCAUCGCCCGACCCGCUCACCGCUCUCGCAACUCUUCGACCGCCAAUCGUCACCCCCGUGCUGAAGUCUGCUAUGUUAUGUGGUCCUCUUUCGCCUACCAUGAGCCCUCCACGAGCGCCACCCUAAUCCUUCUCGCCUUCCUAUAUCUUCUCAACCUCGCAGGCUGGUUCGUCCAGCUCACCAUCGGCGCCGGCCUCCUGGGCCAGAUAUUCAUCGGCGUAGUAUUCGGCACUCCGCUGGCGGGAUGGCUCCCAGACACAUGGGAGGACGCGUUUGUCGCGGUUGGCUACAUUGGUCUGCUCGUGCUGGUGUUUGAGGGCGGGAUGCACUCUUCCAUCGCGCACCUCGCGCGUAUCCUCCCUCUGGCGAGCACCGUUGCGCUGACCGGCAUUCUUGCCCCCAUCGGCCUCUCCUUCCUCCUCGUUCCCAUGGGCUUCCCAGUUGUCCACGCGUUUGCCGGCGGUUCUUCUCUCGCCUCCACCUCGCUCGGCACCGUCCUCACCGUCCUGCACCCCGCAUCCGUUGGCUUUGACCUGCGACAGACUAAGCUCGGUUCUGUGCUCUUCACCGCGGCAGUAAUGGACGAUGUGGUGGCCUUCAUCCUUGCCCGCGUUAUUUCUGUCGUGGGCGGCGAAGGUAGCCUAGGCGCCGAGAUUGGACGCACGCUCGGGGUUACCGUCGGGAUCGGCAUUGCUUGGGGAGCGAUUACCCAUUUCAUUCUCAAGCCUGCGUACGGCGCCGUUAUCAAACGCCGGGCUUGGGAGCACACGGUGUGGGGUGGAGAGGGCCUCAUGUUUCUUUUCGACGCGUUAAGCUUCAUUGCUCUGGUAGCGGCGGCCGGCUACGGUGGGACAUCGCCUCUCUUUGGCGCGUAUGUCGCCGGUCUUUCCGUCGCGUACCUCUGCAGCGUUGAGGCAGAGAAGCGUUCGCCUCCACGCACGGAGAUGGAGUCUAUUUGUGACACCCCUUGCUCGACUCCAGAGUCGGACAUGUCGGAGCCAUCCCUCAUAUCCGCGUUCAAUAGCUAUGCCGCCAAGCCGCUCGCGUACCUCCUCCUGCCUAUCUUCUUCGGGAGCAUCGGCUACUCAAUCCCAUUCGUUCCCCUCUUCCGCGGGCGCGUCAUUUGGCGGGGAAUCGUAUAUUCAGUGCUCAUGGCGCUCGGUAAGAUGCUGUGUGGCGCGUGGGUCUGCCGUCGGAAGAGUUGGCGGGCAGCCGUUUUCCUCGGCGGGGCUAUGGUGGCUCGAGGCGAGAUCGGCCUCCUGAUCGCACAAAUCGCCCGCGGCACACCUCGUCCUCUGCUUGACGAGGAGGAGUUCCUCGUGGUCGUCUGGGCCGUCGUACUUUGCACAAUCGUGGGUCCAGUCGGCGUUGCGAUGUGCGUACGCCGGUGGGGCAAGGACGUGCUCCGCGGCGGAAUGGAGUAGGCUGUGUCUCUGCCGCCAUUACUAUUUAGCGUGCUGAGAGAGGCGUAGCUAGCCAGCGUCAAAGUGAGCCCUCCAAGACGGAAGAGCGAGACGGCUAUGUAGCUCAUGUGCAGCUAUCGCACAGCACUAUGUAUGUCCAUUGUCUCUGCACGAUGAUGCCCCGUGUUAGAAGGGCUGCCUUGGAAGUGGCUCUGUAGUUUACCAGUUCAGCCUAUUCCCCAGCCAGAUGAUGUCAACUUCACCUCGU